AUGUCUGUGGCUAAAUUGGCAGCCGUCGAUUCUGUGAAAACAAGCGCACACUCCACCGAUAAGGAACUGCAGAAGGUGCUGCAGCAGCGCGGCUUCCGGCUGGGCCGCACCAUCGGCGGCGGGUCGUACAGCAAGGUGCGCACCGCUUGGUUUCGCAGGCCCAGGGGCAGACCCCUGCGGUGCGCCUGCAAGCAGCUCGACUGUCGCCAGGCGCCAAAGGACUUCGUAGCUCGCUUCCUCCCUCGAGAAUUGGAAGUACUGCGCGCUGUGACGCAUCCGCACAUAGUCCAGAUCUUCGACGUUGUAGGUUUCGGCUCGCAGAUCUUCAUCUUCAUGGAACUGUGUGAGAAGGGGGAUUUGCUGGAGCACAUUCGUGCUCGUCGCGGUCCUCUGUCGGAGCAAAAGGCGCGCCUCUAUUUCAGCCAGAUUGUUUCUGCAGUGGACUACCUCCACUCCCAGGACAUCAGUCACCGUGAUGUCAAGUGUGAGAACAUUCUACUCGCAUCUAAUGAGUGUGUAAAACUCACAGACUUUGGUUUCGCUCGGUGCUGCACAGAUGAGAACAACCGACGAGUGCUCAGCCGAACCUUCUGUGGUAGUGCAGCAUAUGCAGCUCCAGAGAUCCUGCAGGGAAAACCAUACAAUCCUAAACUGUAUGAUGCUUGGUCACUUGGAGUUGUAUUGUUUGUUAUGCUGACAGCAAGUAUGCCCUUUGAUGAUACAAAUUCAAAAGCCAUGCUAUAUGCACAGCUGUGUCGAGUCAUCAAUUUCCCAAAACACUGUGAACACUCUGUGUCAAUGAAUGCAAGGGAACUUGUAAGGCGACUUCUGGAACCAGAUGUUACCCGACGAGCUACUGUUAAACACAUCAAACAAAAUGCAUGGCUGAAAAAUGAAUUGUAAUGAAAAUGUAUACGAAAACCUAGUGUCCUACCAGUGGAGUGUGUGUGUGUCACUGUCCUGUGCAAUAUUUUUGUUUUCAGUGAGUCGUCCACAAGUCUUUCU